AUGGCUUCUACGGUGAGCCUGGGUACAGCAACGUUGUUGGAAGAUGGAAUGCCACCCGCCAAAAAGCCCAGGAAGCUCUUGCCAAGCCUCAAAACCAAGAAGCCUCAGGAACUUGUUUUGGUGAUCGGGACAGGAAUCAGUGCAGCAGUGGCUCCCAAAGUCCCGGCGCUGAAAUCUUGGAAGGGGUUGAUCCAGGCCCUCCUGGAUGCCGCGAUUGACUUUGAUCUGCUGGAAGACGAAGAGAGCAAACGGUUUCAGAAGUGUCUCCAUGAAGACAAGAACUUGGUUCACGUUGCCCACGACCUUAUCCAGAAGCUGUCUCCGCGCACAAGCAAUGUUCGCUCAACCUUUUUCAAAGACUGUUUAUACGAGGUGUUUGAUGACCUGGAAUCUAAAAUGGAAGAUUCUGGGAAGCAACUGCUUCAGUCCGUGCUUCACUUGAUGGAACACGGGGCGCUUGUGCUGACCACGAACUUCGACGACCUGCUGGAGCUGUACGCAGCGCACCAGGGGAAGCACCUCGAGUCUCUAGACCUCACUGACGAAAAGAAGGUGCUGGAGUGGGCGCAAGAGAAGAGGAAGCUCAGCGUCCUGCACAUCCACGGCGUUUACACCAACCCCAGCGGCAUAGUGCUCCACCCGGCCGGCUACCAGAACGUGCUGCGCAACACGGAGGUCAUGCGAGAGAUUCAGAAGCUGUAUGAAAAUAAGUCAUUCCUGUUCUUGGGCUGUGGUUGGACUGUUGAUGACACCACGUUUCAGGCCUUGUUUUUAGAGGCUGUGAAGCACAAGUCGGACCUGGAGCACUUCAUGCUCGUACGGAGGGGAGAUGUCGACGAGUUCAAGAAGCUGCGCGAGAACAUGCUGGACAAAGGGAUUAAAGUGAUUUCCUACGGCGACGAGUACGCAGACCUGCCCGAGUACUUUGAGAGGCUGACGAGCGAGAUCGCCGUGCGGGGUCAGACAGGUGCGCCGAAGGAGGGACAACAGCUGAACGGCUCCGCUGCGGAGAUAAAAGCAAAUAUCGCCGAGGUGAGCGGGCUGGAGCACGCUGCCUUCCUUCGCCAGCCGCGCUCAGUGCCGUCGGACCAAGCUGCCGCUGCUCUCCAGCUCCUGCCCAAACCCGUGGUGUCCGGGUACCCUGCUCCGGAGUCCCGGUAA